AUGAGCUCGGAUUCUGAGUCCGAUACCGAACGACAAGUCCUCGCAGAGCGAAGACAAAUCGUUGCUAACUACGACAAGGGUUGGGUGAAAGAUUCUGAUCACAUCCUAUCCUGGGAAGAACCCGCCGACAAUGAAGCUGCUAAAAUAGAUCGCUAUGGCUUCAUCCAUGAGAAACCAUUGCCGCAGAGAUUUUCGGAUCUGGAGAAGAAGCAAGUCGAUAAGGAAGUCGAAAGGGCCAACAAAUGGCUGAAAAUGACGAAGGCCUGGGGCAAAUACAUAGCACAGCCGAGCAAAAACGAUUCGGCGAAGAAGUUCGAGAAGCUCCGCAAACGAGUCUACAAGGGAAUACCGAAUUGUAUCCGAGGCGAUGCUUGGAAACUAUUGCUUGGCGUCGAAGAGCUCAAAAAACAGAAGCCAAACACCUAUAACGAGAUGAAGGCCCUCGCGCGCCUGGAGAGUCCAGACAUCCGACAGAUAGAUCUCGACAUCAAUCGGACCUAUAGAAACCAUGAGAACUUCCGUCAUCGUUACUCGAUCAAGCAACAGGAGCUGUUCCACGUGCUCAUAUCGUACUCGAUGUACAAUCAAGAGAUUGGUUAUUGCCAAGGAAUGAGUCAGAUCGCCGCGUUGUUAUUGAUGUACAUGAACGAAGAGGAUGCUUUCUGGGCAAUAUCGCAACUGAUGGCCGCCGAAAAAUACGCGAUGCAUGGAUUCUUCAUCCAAGGGUUCCCGAAACUAAAUCGCUUCACGGCGCAUCAUGAUAAAAUUUUGACGAAGAAGCUCCCUCGCUUGAAAAAGCAUCUCGACAAACACGACAUCACGAGUAGUUUAUAUACCCUGAAGUGGUUUUUCCAGUGUUUCGUUGAUAGAGUCCCAUUCACGCUCACCUUACGGCUCUGGGACAUUUACCUCCUCGAGGGCGAGAUGAUUCUCACAGCCAUGUCUUACAACCUUCUGAAGUUACACUACAAAAACCUUCUGAAGAUGAAUAUGGACCAAUUGGCCGACUUUCUACAAUACCGCCUGGAGCAGGACUUCGGCUACAACGACGAUCUUGCGAUCGAUGCUCUAAAAGAGCGAAUCCAGGAACUGAAGGCGGCCAAGCUCAGUUUACCUCAAUGCAGCGAGGAAGAUCGCGAGCUGGAGCGCCCGACUCGACCUUUCGGAGUUGUGGAACUAUCCACUCCGAGACAAAGACGAACAAAACCGAAAACUACACGAAAGAGCAACUCAGUCAGAGCUCUCAACUCUCAUCUCAACGAUUCUGAGAGCAUCCUUAACGGAAGCAUUGAGACUAUCUCCACGAAGUCCGAACUAGGUGGACGUUUCACUCCGAAAGAGCUCCGCAAGUCUCCGAAUUUAGAGAGCGAAAGCUCGGAUGCUUCUUCGGUCAUCGAAGCUCUAUCGCUCAGAAUGAACUCUUCGAUGGCGUUAGACACAUCGAUGACCGUCACUCAGGAUGACAGCAAUCGAACUCUCAACAACGAAGCCGCGGGUUUGUUAAAACCGCGGUCACCCUCGAUCUACGACAACGUCUCGUUGCCGGGUGAUGAGAAUUCAGCCGAGGCGCCGAAAGUUCUCGGGGAGGAUUCGACGACACAGACCGAUCCUCUGCCGUCGAGAUCACAAGUCGAAGCUGUUCGGAUAUUCGUUCCAUAUGCUGAAUCCAACGGGGAAUCGCAAAGUCACAAAGAUGUGGCAACGUCGCCGAACUCACCACACGGGGGUCCCGACCCGAAUCGGAUCACAAUCAAGGUUCACGCCAUGACUACCGUCGAGACAUUGUGAGGAGUCUCUCAAAAUUCUCACAGCGAUGGAGGCAAGACUGAAUACUACGACGUUCGUCCUUUUUCGGAUGAAGGAAAAACGGGGAAUCCCCCACUUAGGUUACCGUUGACAGCGCCACGCCACUAGCUCGGAGAACUUGGUGAUUGACGGUCUAAUAAGCGUAGUUUAUGUACACUCAUGCCAUCGUAGUAUCGUCUUUUCCGCCUCGAUCAAUCAUAUCAUUCGCCUAGCCGCUAGAAAGUGGAAGUGAUCGCAACAUCGACAGCGGUGUGCUUCGUGGGCGUGACUCCCAUGACGCCCACUCCGCGUCGUUGGAAGAUACGGAGGACGUUACAUCGCGAGUUCUCACGAAACAUUCUCAACGAGUGGCAAAACUUAAGUGAACCUCUAGUCUACACUGAAAGUCGUCUACGAUCGAAAUGCGUAAUCAGUUCUGAGCAAUAAUAUUCUCCCCAUAGGUUUUUUCCCGAUGUACAUAGGAAGUUUUUGAUCGAGCACCCAGUUUUUCCGCUUCCCAUUACGCGUCGCCUAGUGCAAAACCGGAAGAUCUAAACUCGUGCUUCAGGCUCUACCUGACUAAUUAGACGUUACGCAGGUUGUUACAAACAUUCCCUAGUACUUACGAUAUAGAUCCUGGAGCUUCGCAGAUGCUGGAGAGGUCGGUUGUUUCAGCCUUCGGCUCUUGUUCGAUGACAGGCGAGGGGCAGCUGCUGCUGACGCUGGAAGCUCCACUCCGUUGGUCACGAAAAACCACAAUGAACAGAAAGAGUUACAACGAGUAAAAUUAGGACAACAGCUCGAGAAUGUCGUUUCUCGCAAUGACUACCGAAAGGUAGUUUUCACGCAAACUGAAUGCCAAACUGGAUGGUCGACGCAUGCAGCCGCACGAAGUCGCAAUAAUAGAAGCAGCCCCUACCGAUAUUAUCAAGAGUAAGUUGCUUGUCGUUUACACUGUGUAAAACGAGCUAUUAGAUGUACCCUAUUGUGAAUAAAAGCCCAUGAAUAUUAUUA